AUGCCUUCCUCAUCACCCGUUUCAUCUCUCUCUUCCAACCUUGAUUACCCCACCAGCGUUUUCGAGUCCGUCCAACGGCCCAAUAGUUUUCUCUGGACCGCCCUGAUCGAGGGUUACUGUCGUCGUUCUUCCUCUCUACAUGCUUGCAUUGGCAUUUUCAAACAGAUGAUGUUACGGGCUCCGGCCCAGGGCGAGGAUCAACCCGUGAAUAUUUAUCCCCUUCCGUCGUUGAUUCGGAGUUGUGCCAAUGCAGCUGCGUUGAGGGAAGGGCAAGUUAUUCAUGGCUUAGUUUUGAGUGCGCGGAAGUUUUUUGAUGAAAUGCCUGCGAAGGAUGCCGUGAGCUAUUCGUCUAUGAUUGAUGGAUACGCUAAAGCCGGGGACAUGGGUUCUGCUAUGAUGUUGUUUGAGCAGUCAGGACGGAAAACUGAUUUAGUCUUGUGGUCUGCUUUGAUAUCCGGGUUUACCCAAAAUGGCCUACCAAGAGAGGCUAUAGAGAUGUUUGACAAAAUAUAG